CUCUUCAGCAGUCCUCGCCGCUGCCUCAAUUGGCCUCGCAGCGUCUCUCCUUGCACCAUGGCGUCCCGGCGAGCUGUCCAAGCUCUGCCUCUCCACUCCAUCCUCCGCCAGCAACGUUCCGCUGCUCCCCUCCAGCAACAGCGCCUCUCCAGCUCCAGCUCGUCGUCGACACAGGCGUUGGCAUACAAGGCUCUCCACCGUCGUAUUGCGCCUCUCCCGACCGAUGACCGCCCUCCCGCGUGGUCCGCUCAAGCGGCCGUGAGCAGCAUCCUCUACGAGACUCCUCUGCCGUCCCAAGCUCCCCCGAAACGCCAUAUCCUGAACUGCUUAGUGCAGAACGAACCCGGUGUACUCUCUCGCGUUUCCGGCAUCUUGGCUGCCCGUGGCUUCAACAUUGACAGCUUGGUUGUGUGCAAUACCGAGGUUGAUGAUCUCUCCCGCAUGACAAUUGUCUUGCAAGGCCAGGACGGUGUGGUCGAGCAGGCCCGCCGACAAUUGGAAGAUCUUGUCCCUGUCUGGGCUGUGCUGGACUAUACCAGCUCCCCCCUCGUCCAGCGCGAGCUUCUCCUUGCCAAGAUCUCCAUUCUUGGUCCAGAGUACUUCGAAGAGCUCCUAGCUCAUCACCGCGAGAUGGCUUCCAUGCCCCCGGUCCAGGAGGGAUUUGAGGGCGAGGAGUUGUCGGAUGCGGAGCGUGACUCUCUCGCAGAGGCUGCCGCUCGUGAGUCCCUGAGGAAGGACUUCCACCCGAACAAUCUCGCUGUCAGCCAAGCACUGAGGCACAAGCAUGAGCAUCUGCGAGCCAUCACGUUCCUUACACACCAAUUCGGAGGAAAAGUGCUUGAUAUCAGCACGAACAACUGCAUCGUGGAGGUCUCGGCCAAGUCAACUAGGAUUGACUCCUUCAUGAAGCUUAUUGCUCCCUUUGGUAUCCUUGAAUCCGCCAGGACAGGUCUGAUGGCAUUGCCUCGGUCCCCGCUUCAUGAGCCGAGCGAGGUGGAAGAGAAGGCAGCUGAAGACGUUGUUGACCAGAGCAUGCUUCCCCCCGGCUAA